AUGCUGCCCGGCUUCACCCCAAAGCAUCUCUUCAGCAACACCGUCCGCUACCAGCUUCUCAAGAAGCUCCAAAACAACUUUGUGGAAGCGGAGAAAGCGGGCAAGCCGAAGACCUUAGAUACAGCGAACCGCGGUGUGAUUGCUUCGGGCCCAUUUGCUAGGUUGUUUCAGAAGGAUUCGGAGGCAACGAAGGACGCUGAGAUGUCUUCGGAGGAAUCGGAUGGUGACGACAAUGCUUCGCGUGCACCGAAGAGAAUCAACGGCCCUACAACGAAGGAAGCCCAUCAAGCUGCGAAGCAAGCGAGGGAUUCGGCGGUUCCUACGGUCAAGCCGAAGCAACCAAAGAAGGCUUCGCCCCCAAGAAGCGCAAGUUUGCACCCAAGACGAAGACCAUCACGAAGCCUUCGGACACACCGCGUGAAGAUGAUGAUGCUGGUGCUGGUGCCGUAG